GGCAGCAUCCACGUUCAGUUAGACAAGGGGCAUUCAAGAAUAAGUUAACCCAGUCCGGCAAGGAGUAACGCCAUGAAUCACAAGGCAAAGACCUCCGAGGUUAGCUUCAACCCCAGGUUCCAAAUGUAACCUCAAUCUCAAUCUCAAUCCCGCUUUCUUUUUUUCUUCAAACACAAUCUAUGUCUCAGCGCCUCCGCCGCAGAUCGCCUGCCUCUUUUCUUCAAUGGCGGUUCCACGAACAGUCAAGCCGAUCUUCACAGCAGGAUUAAUUUUCCUCGUUCUCUCUGUUUUCUACCUCUCCUAUGGGAAUAAUCUCCCCUACGCCGCACGCGCAGGCCUAAUCGGCCACAAACACCCUCUCGCAGACACAGACGACCUAGGCCUCGUCUUCCCCUACGACCCCAUCCCCCGAAUAGACUUCGCAUUCCUCUCCAAGUACCCACCGCACAACAUCAACGAGCCCUCGAAAUUCGCCUUCUCGACCUUCUACUGCACGCGCCAACCCGACACCCGCGGGCCGUACUUCGAAGCUGCGCAGCAGAUCAUAUGGCGUCUCCUGUGGUCCCCAUACCGCUCGAAAUACCCUGUUAUUAUAUUUGUGUGUCCGUUUAUACCAGAGGAGAAUAGGAGGAUUUUCAGGGGGCAAGGCGCGAUUGUCAAGGAGAUUGAGCUGUUGGAUGAUAUCAUACCCGACGAAAUCAUCAGCACGAAACGCUGGAUCGACGUCUUGUCCAAACUCAACAUAUGGAAAGAGGUAGAAUGGAAGCGGAUCGUGUUUCUCGAUUCCGACGCCUUCCCGGUCAGGAAUAUCGAUGAUAUAUUUGAGGUUGCGCCGGUGCAGCACUGUAAUCGGGAAACGUUAGGGCCGGAGGACAAGGCGGUCGUGGCGAGUGGUGGGAAGAGUGGAGAGGAAUUCUGCGAUUACGUUUACUCGGGGGUCAGCCAGUUUAUGGCGUACAAUAUCAAUGCCGGAUUCCUAGUCUUGAAACCAAAUUUGGAUAUGCAUGCGAAGCUCAUGCGGGCCGCGAGGAUGACCGGCGACUACGAUAUCCGGUUCAUGGAGCAGGGAGUUUUGAGCUCGAAGAAUGCCUUCUCCCAAGAAGGUUCAUUCCCAGUUCACAAAUUGCCGUCGGUGUGGAAUACGCUGCCCGAGAACUUCAUCGAGCAUCGGGUCCCAGAUCAUGACGUUUCUAGGGGUCUUGAGCUGAAGGAGGGUCCGGUAAGGGUGUUACAUGCGAAGCUUUGGAAUAAGGCUUGGGGAGAGUGGAACAAUCUGACGGAUUUGACGGAUCUGUGGGAUCGGGAUUGGAUGAAUAUGUGUCGAUUUUAUGAUGGUGAUCCAGGCUUCGUUGAGGCUAGGAAGACGGGCAUAUAUAAGACAAUGUGGGAAAAAUUUCUAGAGAGCAAGAAAGCUGAGAAUGCUGAGGCGGCUGCAUAGGUUUUGUAUAUAUCACGGCGUUGUAAACUAGGGGCAAUGUUUCAAUAGAUUUCUAAUAACACCUUAGCCACUUGG